AUGGAGGAUCUACUGGGGCUGCUUCACUUCCGGGACUUCGCGACUCUCUUGCAGCUGCAACAACAGCAGCAACAACGAGGGCAGCAGCAGCCAAGCCAGCAGCUGCAGCGGUUCCCUGCCAAGCAGCUUAUUAGCUGUUGCCUCCCGGUGCUGCUGCAGCUGCAUGAUUCUUAUUCUUCUCCCUGCAAUAGCCUCAAGGUAUUGGUUUCUCAGUUUUCUACUCGGGAAGUUGAUGCCUCCAGGCGCCUACACCGCUUAGCAGCACCAGCAGCUGCUGCUGGUGCAGCAGCUGCUGCACCAGCAGUAACAGCAGCAACAACAGUCACAUCAGCAACAGCGGAGACAACGAAGGCAGUAACUGCAGCAACAGCAGCAACUACUGACGAUGAGGUCGCAACAACAGAGGGGGACCUUGCAGGUUCUGCGCAGCAGCACAAAAUGAGUUGUUUGUGGGAGGUAGGGGGACCGUUGGGCCCCACUGAUGAAGCCGUAAGCGAGCAGGCUCUGGGUGCUGUCUUGAACCGGUUUAAGGCGGACACUUCUGCAUUUGCUGCUGCUGCUUCUGCUGCUGCUGGACCUUGUGCUGCAACUGCAGGGCCAGCAGAAACUGGCAUUGUUGCAGCGGGAAUAAAAGUCUGGGGCCCAUUUCUGCCGCUGCUGCUGCCUAUUUUGUAUCCUUUGCUGCCAUCAAGCAUCUCGGAACAGUCUGAUGCUGAAGGUGUGCAUGGGCGGCAGGACCAAGGGCAGCAGACAUCCAGGCAAGAGAGGCCCCAGGGGGCCCCAAGUAUACCACACUCUGUAAAGGGGCCCCUAGCAGAGGAAACUGCGAGUGCUACUGCUGCCCCCGUUGCAGCACUGGCUUUAGUUUCAGCUCCUGGAGGAACAAAGCAAGAGGCCAGCGCCGCCGCUGCAGCAACUGUAUCAGCAACAGCACCUGCAGCGCCGUCAUCAACAACACGAGCAGGAGCACUUGCAACAGCAGAAGUAACAGCUACACGGAGGGCAGCAUUAUGUCUUUGUGCAGCAGCACUUAUGUGGUGGGGACGGCAGAAGCUGGGGGGCCCUACAGCAGAGGCAGAAGAGCAUGCCCGUGUGCUGCUGCUGGGGCCCGCUUUUGCCGAUGCCGAACUUGCUCUUGCCAAGCCCUUCCUGUCUCUGAUUUUAAACAGCCCCACAACACAAGACGCUCUUACAGCCUGUGUAUUUCUGUUUGGUGCAAGUAGAAUCGCUUGUAUAUGGCUUCUAUGGCGUUAUUAG